UACCACCAACGUCAAAUUUUCACCAGUCAUUCAAUACUCAUUCAUGUGAAUUGAGCAAAUCGGAUAAAGAUAAAAUGAAGGGUUCGAAAUCGCAGGAAGAAUUAGCCAGUCAAUUUCAGAAUAUCGGAGGUCAGAAAAGUCCAGAAGAUGUAGUCAGACUGAAAGCAAGACUACGCGAUGCAUAUUCCGAUGAGAUAAGUUUGGGGUCCCAAACGGAGGUCAAACAGAACAAACCGAAGAAAGUGCGAUGCAUCACUCGUGCAAUGGCUGAAGACUUCAGUAGAGAACAAGUUUUGUUCAGUUCGCUCAUUGAGACCAUUUUCUACAUAUUCUUCGCUAUAACCUGUUGGAUCCACGUGGCAAACCUGAAAAAUUCUGAAAUGUACUAUAUGACCGAAGCUAUCAAGCAGGGCUUCUUCAAGAAACAGUUUGGAGGUGAUGAUGCAGAAGGAGUGGAACCGAUAAGCUUCGCUGACAUUGCUACAGUUUCCGACAUGUGGAAUUUUAUAUCUAAGAUGUUCAUCGACACCAUUUAUUACGAUAAAUACUUCAGUAAAUUUUCCAACGUGGAAGAUGAAAGAGGGCUAAGUGUGUUAUUUGAAAACGUUCUUCUGGGGGUUCCCCGGAUAAGGCAGGUUCGCGUUGCAGAGGACUCUUGUGAGAUCCACCCUUAUUUUCGAAGAUUAUUCAGAUUGUGUUUCUCAUCGUAUGACGACUAUACUGAAGAUAAAAGUACAUUUGGAGUAGGCAAAGAAACUGCUUGGGUAUAUUCCGAUGAAACCGUCACCGAGAAUAUACAGGUGGCUGGCGCUGUAGCCACAUACAACGGCGGUGGAUUCUACCUUGACCUUAGUCUGAAUGGGACCGAGGCCUUGAAGCAGGUCAAAUAUCUGGAGGAAAACCUCUGGAUCACGAGGAACACGAGGGCGGUGUUUCUGGACUUCGCGGUUUAUAACGCCAAUCUUAACAUCUUCGGGAUAUGCAAAAUAAUAUUCGAACUUCCUCCAACCGGGGGUGUUUUACCUAGUCACAAAUUCGACUGUGUGAAACUGAUAGUGACGUACGACCAAUGGGGAUACUUCAUUUUCAUAUGCGAGUCCGUUUUUUACAUAUUCAUCUUCAUUUACUUGCUGCAGUCGCUGAGAGAAUUAGUUUACUUCAAAUGGAGAUAUUUCGUUCGUUUUUGGUCAUACAUUGACUGCGUUAUCACAGCACUAGCUCUGGUUACUUUCAUCCUCAUGAAUUAUAAGAGGAAUUAUGUGGACUACUACAUAACGAAAAUAAAAGAAAAUCCUGACAAAUAUGGAAAUUUGGAGUACAUCGCUUACAUGCAAGGCCUACAUGAUGAUAUAGCUGCCAUCACACUUUUCUUCGUAUUCAUCAGAUUCUUCAAAUAUUUGAAUUUCAAUAAAACAAUGGGUCAAUUGAAUGACACACUGAAAAAGUGCACCUGGGAUAUAAUGGGUUUUUCCAUCAUGUUCUUCAUCAUUUUCUUCGCUUACUCUGAACUUGGAUUCCUACUCUUCGGUUCACAAGUGAGAGAUUUCAGAACCUUUGGACACUCAAUGUUCACCCUUCUAAGAACAAUACUGGGUGAUUUCGACUAUGGAGUGAUAGAAGAAGCUCAUAGAAUUUUAGCACCUAUAUAUUUCCUCAGCUACAUAUUUUUGGUAUUUUUCGUCCUGUUGAACAUGUUUUUGGCUAUCAUCAACGACACCUACGCAGACGUUAAAACAGAACUGGCAAUAGCUCCAACCGAAUUACAAAUGACCGACUAUUUAAAGAUGCAUCUCUUCAAAUUCUUAAGUAGGAGCAAAUGCUGCAAAUUCAAGGUGAAAGAGAUCAAGAAAACCGAUUACAGUUUAACUGCCGAAGAAAUAAGGACGGCACUCGAUAAGUGUGGCUUCAGUUACUUAGAAAUAGAGAUGUUCUUCGCCCGCUACAAUAUAAAUCCAGUGGCUAUGGUGACAGAAUACGAUAUCAGUAAACUUGUGUCUGAAUUGGAGAAUAUUACGCCAGAAACUGUAACAGAAAAACAGAAAACUCCAGAAGCCGUGAAAAACACCGAAGAAUUAUUGCAACAGAAACAGCAGCUGAAAGACAUGGAAUCCACGAUGUUUGAGUUAGCGUCCAAGAUUGAUGAGCUGAUCAAGACUCUCGAGAAACUUAAUGCUACGCAUGUAACGAAGAAGGAAGAAUCAUCAGAGAGCCUCGAUUUCUAUUAAAAUUUUUCCUAAAUUUCAUUGUUAAAGUGUAUAUUAUUUUUAUCCAAAGAUUACAAAAUAUGAAAGAGA